GUGGAGGACGACCUGGACGCCGCCAUAGGGGACUGGUCCGCGGCGCCACGGGAGGGCGCAGCCAGCGACGACCCCCACCAGCGGACCGCCUGGCAGCGGCUGCGGUGCGCCUGGGGAGGCGCCCGCGCGUACGCUCGCAAGCACUGGGGGCUGGGGGUCCCCAGGGAGGCGGAGGCAGAGGAGGCGGCCGCGGCGCCGGGCGCACCCGAAGCGGCGCCGGCCCGGGCAACCGCAGCCCCAGCGGCUGCGGCUGCGCCUAGAGGUAGCAGCGAGCACAAGGGUGCGGCGGCGGGUGGGGCGGCGCCAGGCCGCAGCAGCAGCACCAGCACCAGCACCAGCAGCACCAGCAGUAGCAGCAGCAGCGCAGCCGCGGCGACAGAAGCUGCGCGUGGCGGGAAGGCAGGAUAG